UACAUCUGCUGUGCUCAGCCCCGACCACCGCCUGCAGCCGGACAGCCUCAGGGACAGCGCACACACCGGCACACACGCUCAGCACCCAUCAGCCCGGAGCAGUAGACGGCGAGACCCAGGGGGCUUAUGGGAAAGGUCCUCUCCACGAAGGGAAACUAGACACUACCCCGGGCUGGGCGUAAUGUGCCCAUCCAGCUGCGGUAGGGAACGCAGUCAGCUUGUGACAUCAUUAGGCCGGAAGUAAAUCCCGGAUGCCAUGGUAGCUAAGCACACUCCGGAAAUCCCUUUUAUUUGCUCAGCUAUUGGCUGCACACACACGGGCUCCGCCCGCCUCUCCUCUGCUACUAGCCCAAUAGCCGGUGCUGUGUAGUCAUGGUAACCGGCGUCAGCGUCUGUGUUGCUAGGAGACGCGAGGCCGGCAGUACGCAGCAGGCAGCCAGUGGUCAUGGCAGGCAAGAAGAAAGACCUAACCUUCCAGAUUGCAGUCACUAACCAAGAGCACUGGGAGGAGGUUCUGUCUUCCAAAGGACUCAUAUUGGUGGACAUCUAUCAGGCCUGGUGUGGUCCGUGUAAAGCCGUCGUCAGCUUGUUCCGAAAAAUUAAAAAUGAACUAGGCGAUGACCUGCUGCAGUUUGCUGUGGCUGAAGCUGACAGUAUUGAUGCGCUGGAGAAGUACAGAGGGAAGUGUGAGCCCACCUUCCUGUUCUUUGCGGCAGGAGAACUGGUUGCAGUGGUGAGAGGCGCCAAUGCUCCCCUACUGCAGAAAACUAUCGUUGACCAACUGGAAGCAGAGAAGAAGGUAUUGACCCAUGGCCUGGAACGCAAUGUGAUAAAAGAUGAAGCUCUCCUGGAGGAAGAGGAGGAGACGUCCCCUCUCCCAGCUCUGGCUACAGAUGACGAAUUAGUUCCAUCUGGAAAAUCUUAUACGGUAGCCAUCAUUAAACCUGACGUUGUCGCUCAUGGGAAGGCAGAUGAAAUAAUUAUGAAGAUACAGGAGGCUGGAUUUGAAAUAUUGGCCAAUGAAGAGAAGACAAUGACCGAGUCUGAAGCCAGAGACUUGUAUCAGCACAGAGCGGGAGAGGAAAAGUUUGAGGAGCUGAUACAGUUCAUGUCCAGCGGCCCGUGCCACGUCCUAAUCAUUUCUAACACCGGAGAUGAGGAUGUGAUCCCUGCAUGGCGGGAGUUCAUCGGCCCAACGGAUGUGGAAAUUGCCAAGAAGGAAAAGCCUGACAGCUUGCGGGCUCAGUAUGGCACAGAGGUCCUGUACAAUGCGGUCCAUGGCAGCAGUGAUCGGGAACAGGCGAGCAGGGAACUGGCCUUCUUCUUCCCCAACUAUAAGCUGCAGCAACAACUCACAGAGGAGUCAGCCUCCAGCGCCCCAGAGCGGACCUUAGCGCUGAUCAGACCAGAGGUCCUGAAGGACAGGAAAGACGAGGUCUUGCAAAGCAUCCGAGAUGCUGGUUUCUCUAUAGCAAUGCAGAAGGAGAUCAUGCUGACAACUCAGCAGGUCCAGGAGUUCUACAAGGAGCAUGUAAAUGAAGACUAUUACCCGGCCUUAGAGCAGCAAAUGACCAGUGGCCCCGUUCUAGCCCUGGCGUUGGUGAAGGAAAAUGCAGUGAGACACUGGAGGGACCUGCUAGGACCUGCCAAUAUUGCCGAAGCGCUGAGUGACAAACCGGACAGCCUGCGAGCUCAGUUUAAUCCUCAGGAAAGUGCAAUUAACCAACUCCAUGGAAGUUCUACACUAGAUGAGGCAGAAAAGGAAAUCCAGUUUUUCUUCCCAGUGGAGCGCACCUUAGCAGCCAUUAAGCCUGACGCAUUGGAAGAACACAAAGAGGAAAUCAUGGAAAGGAUUCAGGCUUCUGGAUUUAACAUCUCUGAAAUAAAGGAGACCAGCCUGAGUAAAGAGAUGGCUGAGGAGUUCUACAAGGAACACAAGGGCAAGCCGUUUUACAGCCAACUUGUUGACUAUAUGUGCAGAGGUCCUUGCUUAAUGAUGAUCCUCAGUAAAGAAAAUGCAGUGCAGGAGUGGAGAUCACUGAUGGGACCCACAGAUCCCACAGAGGCCCAGAAAACUUCUCCCAAUUCUCUGAGGAGCUUGUUCGCAAAGAGUGUGCUGGAGAACGCCGUCCACGGCUCCUCCAACGAAGACCAUGCUGCCGAAAAGAUCAAGUUCCUUUUUGGUGACAUUGACCUGGAGAGAGCAGUGAAUGGAACACAGACUGAUACAACUCCUGAGAGUGUUGCAGGUGACAUCACGCAGAGUGAGGAGAAUGAGGAAGACACAGCUCCUGCCAGUGACCAUUAGUGGCAUACAGGAAAAUGGCACAUUACAUAAAAGACACUAAUAUUGGACAUUAUGUACUGUUUACAAUGUGUUCAAACCUCGGCAGCAGGCCAUUCAUUCCCACCUGUCCUAGUUUAAUAGCAAAUGGCAAGCAGUUUCGGCUUAAGUCACCUAUUCUAAAUCCAAGGAACAACAAAAACAUCCAUUUGAAAUUAGGCCAUAUGUAAAGGAUGUGGUCAACAUUACUGAUGUUUAUAUACUGAUCUCUAAAUAUAUAAUGCUAUAAAAAUAAUGUAUAAAAUAAGUAUUCUGUUUCUCCAUUUGCCGCUGAGACUCUUCUCACCCCUGUGCUGAGCCUAUUUUGCCACUUUUUUUUUUGUCUGAUCAAAUCAUCAAUAUCAGUGAUUUGUUUAUGCAGUAACCACACAAAUUAUACUGUGUUUUCCAAGAAAUAUUCAGGGAAUAUCAUUCGUCUCCUUUCAUCUUCUGACACGGCAAAUAAAAUCUACCAAACAGGAGCAAAAAAAGGAAGUGUUUUUUAUUUGAAAUGAUUAAAGUCAACCUAAUUGCCGCUUUAAAAAUACAGGGAUUCUUGCACAAACUCCUGCACCUCCUGGUUAUCGCACCCUAUUACAUUUACCCCCAGUGUGUUGGAACACUGCAGUUGCCCAACAAGGCAUUGCAUUUUAAAAACUAGAAAAUAUGCUGCAUCAAAUGAGGCAACCUCUCUUUUAUUCAGCAUACUAUGGGGGAGAUCUCAGCAAUAGUACCCCCCCCCCCCCCUUUUCUGUAGUGUAGGUGUAAUAUCUGAUGAUCACAUGCAAGUGCCAGACAGUAACUAUUAUUGGGGCACAUAGAGGUGUAUUUACUAAAGUGCAGGUUUUUAAAAGUGAUGUUGCCCAUAGCAACCAAUCAGUCUCUGUUAUCUUCGAGAACAUGCUACAUAAAUGAAAACCAGUUUCCGAUUGUCUGCUGUGGGCAACAUCUCCACUUCUAAAAACACGCACUAUAGUAAAUACACCCCAUAGUCUGAAAGAGGGAACUCCCCUCUUUCAAACGAGGAUGUCCCUUAAUACGCAGGUGUCAAUAUGUGGGGGGAAUAUGGUGCCCUCCCCAUCUCCGUGAUAAUGGGCCUGAUUCAGACCCGGGUGCACUUGCAGUUCAGUUGCAAUUGCCCUAAAACCGCAGUGCGCAUAUGUAGCGAUGAUGCUGCUUCUCCGGUCACCGUGUUGUUAUGCGCAGCCUUUGUGUACGAAUCAUUACAUACUGUGCAAGGUUGGAUGAAACAGAGUCAGAGUAUGAAAAGGUGUCAAUGUUUCUGCGAUUUUGCUACAUAUUUAAAAGGGUGAUUUACAGUCCAUCUGUUUCGUACAAAUAUUAACAUUUAUACAAUUUUCGGCCGAACACGCACCAGGAGAUUGUGCUGAUCAAUUUGACACUUGUAUAUCCAUGUGUGACUGAGAGCCUGAUUCAGUUUUGUUAGCAAAGCAAAAAAAGCAUAGAACUGGGCAAAACCAUGCUGCGCUGCAGGUGUGGCAGAUAUAACAUGUGCGAGAGAUUUAGAUUUGGGUGGGUUAUAUUGUUUCUGUGCAGGGUAAAUACUGUCUGCUUUUGCAUGUAGCCCACAAAUGUUAGACAGCUUUAUUUGUACACUGAAAUUUAGAUUUCAGUUUAAACACACCCCACCCAAAUUUAAGGGGUAUAUAUACACUAAGCCUUGGAUGGAGAUAAAGUGUACGAAGAUAAAGUAUCAGCCAACCGGUUCCUAACUGUCAUUUUUCAAACACAGCCUGUAACAUGAAAGUUAGGAACUGAUUGGUUGGUACUUUGGUGGUCAUCCCGACCCGAUUGCACGUUGCACUUCUUUGCAGCUCAAAUAAACCCAUCUAAAGUUGUCUCCACGGCCUUUAUAUCAAGGACAGCCGAUUACGGACAGCACACAGCCACUACUGCUACGUGAGUUCACUGCAGAGAUCUCACGGCGAGUGCGGGAAAUACAAGUCCGGUAAGACUGACCCGUUGAUUUACACUGCAAACAACUGGACAUUGUCAGCUUUGUUCGGACUGAGGUGUAGCAUAGCGCCUGACAUCACCGCUACGGCGCCCUCCCUCAGCCCGUUCACACAGCGAUUACAUAACGUCAAUUAACGGAGGAGUCACUGCAUGUUGGUUUGCUUGGCACUAAAAUCCUCACGCUGCUGUUUGACUGACAAUAAAGAUCUAAGGAGUUAUGUGUCAAACGGGACACUGUCCAUUUAAAACCUUAUGGUUUAUAUAAGCACCUUAUAUCCUUAAAUAUAAAGAACAUUGCAACUAAAGGUUUUGGUGCGGCUGGGUACUAUUGGAGACACUUAUGAGAGAAGCAAUUAUAUAGCUAUAUGAAUUAUAUGUCUAUCUUAUUGAAUUCUUUUUAGAUUAUUGUGUAAUAAAUGUUUUACUUUAAACUACA